CCUAUAAGUAAUAGGGGGUGUCAUUUUUCCACCCCCUUUUAGGGGUAGGCAUGCUAUCUCAUCCCCAAGAAAAUUGAAGCAAAUCAUAAAUUAUCUAUAAACAACAUGAUUAAUUGAAACCUUCUUCCUCCUUGUCAAUUAAGUUUCUUCACUCUCCACUCUAUAAUAUCAACUUCAUUCUACACAAUUAGAAAGAACAAAUUUGACAUGUCUCCACAAACAUAAAGAAGAUUAAUUGUUUAGAAUAUUUAAUAUACCGGGAAAAUUAUUUAUAUGGGUGUGGGCGGGUACCCAUGGGGCGGGUUUAUCUAAACCCAAACUCAAUCCAACCCGAUGAAUAGUAAACGGGUUUAAACCCAAACUCGACCCAAAACCCGUCAACACGGGUUUUAUCCGCGUUGACCGGGUUGGGUUGGGUAGGAUAUCCAUGAGUUCGGGUUUUGUUGACAUCCCUAAAUACGAAUGUUGUUAUUUUGCUUAAGCGCAUCUAAAAAUUCUCUGUGACUCACAGAAUGCAGGGCUCGGGCGCCGAGUAAAUUUGCUUCACUAGUAAUAUCACUAGUACCAAAAUCAAAUUCGAACCAGUUAAGAACAAAGCCCAUAACUUCAGGCCCAUAACUAUUGGGCCGAAAACCACACGUGUCGGGCGGGGCUACCAAACACAGCCCGUCAUUUAUCGGUUUAUCCCAUGAAACCCGGGGUUUUGACUAUUGAGCAGCAAGAAGAAUAAUAAGAUAAAAUUAAUAAUAAAUAUGCCCUCCAGCUAAUUUAAUCUGUUUAGUGGUUGUUGUUUUGGCCUUAUCCGCAAACUCAUAAACUUCCUGAGCGGACGACUGUAUACAGCUCUCAGUCUCAAGUCCCAACCCCCACAUGCGUUGCAGCGCGUACGCAACACUGCUUCCUACCAUGUGACUCACCGACGAACCUAAAAUUUUACUCUCAUCGGUAGUAUGUAUUUACCCAUCCAACGCACGCGCCGCCUUCUGAGGUCACCAAAGUCAGCAAGAUUGUCAAACUGGUUUAAGUCAUUGAGCCGAUUUGAGGUUUUUAUGGUUCGAUUGGGGUUCGACGGUUUUGAGCGGUUUUAGACGUUUUCUAAAUAUAUAUACAAAUAAGGUAGUAAUUAAAGGUUUAAUGAGUGAAAUAAAAUUGAUCUUACAUAUAUCUAUUAAAAACUUAUUUUCAACCAAAUAAAUCUACCUAAUCUCUAUGAUCCACCCACAAUUUCCCUUCAUUUGUUCCUCUCUUCCCCCUCUCUUCUUCUCCCUCUUUAGAGGUCCGACCAGGAGAUUUUCUGAAGAUCAUUUUGAAGCCCGACUCAAAUCGAAUCGGAUUCAAUCGGAGAUUCGAUAGGAUUUUAACCAUCUUGGUCGAGAGUAGAAACCGUAAGACCCAAAAAAAUCCCUACACGACCGGCAAAACCACGCGCCACGUCACAUUAACCGCCGGCUCCAAACGUAAUUCUUAUCCAGUUAUCCUCUUUCUCUUCAACCACACGGAACUUUCUCUCUCUCUCUCUAAUCCGAAUCCCUCUGUUGCUCUCUCGAUCUGUCAGAGCCACGGCUUUUCUCGCCAUUCCUGUUCAUUCCCUUCAUCCGUCCAUCCAUGUAGAGCUUCUGUAAAGCUCGGGUUUCCUAGAAGUGGCCGUUAAAUCUCUGGGAUCGCGUAAAUCGAACUCCUGUGGGGAGGAUUGGAUCAAUUGGCGGAAAAAUGGACGGGUCGUUCUUCGAUCUGAUGGAGCUGUUGAAGAACCCCUCCAUUACCGAAACAUUCGUCGAUAUUCUGCUCUGCGCCGUGCCGAUAUGGCUGGCCGUCAUGAUCGGGCUCCUGAUCGGCUGGUCUUGGCGGCCAAGGUGGACCGGAUUAGUUUUCCUAGGGUUACGGAGCAAGGUCAGGUUUCUGUGGACGGCGCCUCCCGGGUUCGGAGCCCGGCGACUCUGGUUGGCAUUCACGGCUCUGUCGGCGUUCUCCGUUUGCCGCACCAUCUGGUCCAACUUCAAGGGCAAAAGGGAGAAGUCAGCUGCGGCGGCUGCUUCUUCGUCUGCGUCGGCAGCUGCGGUGGAUAGAAGCACGGAGCCAUUUUCUGAUUCUGCUAGCUCCACAAGUGAAGCUGAGGAGAGGGAGUACCUUGUAACAGAGAGUGACUUGGAACACCUAUUGUAUCUGCUUGAAGGCAAGGACAGUCAAAUGGACUGGCAAUGUUUUAUGGAAAGAACUACACCAAACAUGUCAUACCAAGCUUGGCGCUACGAGCCUCAGACAGGUCCUCCUGUUCUACGAAGUCGGACUGUCUUUGAGGAUGUGACUCCAGAGUUGGUCAGAGAUUUCUUCUGGGAUGAUGAAUUCCGUCCUAAAUGGGACCCAAUGCUUGGAUACAUUAAGAUAUUGGAGGAAUGCCCUUCUACUGGAAUAAGCAUUUCUCAUUGGAUAAAAAAGUUUCCAUUUUUCUGUAGUGAUAGAGAAUACAUCAUUGGUCGAAGAAUAUGGGAGGCUGGGAAGACUUACUAUUGUGUCACUAAGGGGGUGCCAUACCCGGGCUUGCAGAAGCGGGACAAGCCAAGACGUGUCGACCUGUAUUUCUCGAGUUGGGCGAUUAGGGCUGUUGAAUCUCGGAAAGGGGAUGGGCAGAUGUCAGCAUGUGAAGUCGUCCUCGUGCAUUACGAGGACAUGGGGAUCCCUAAAGACGUAGCAAAGCUAGGACUGCGUCAUGGAAUGUGGGGUGCGGUGAAGAAGUUGCAUUCCGGGAUGCGUGCAUACCAGAAUGCCAGGAAAGCAGCAGCAGAUGGUUCAUCGUUGUCCAGAUGCGCGGCCAUGGCCAAGGUCACCACCAAAAUCACUCUCGAUAAUAACAACACGGAGGAGUUGUCCUCAUCGGAGGAAGGAAGUAUUGACAAUGAAGGAAGCAAAAGCAGAGUGGUGGAGGGGCAAGGCAGGCAAAAGAAGGAUCAUCAUGGGAUUGAUUGGAAAUGGGUAGUGUUGGGCGGGGCGGUGGCUGUGGUAUGUGGGGUGCGCUCAGGCGCAAUUGGGAAGGCCUUGCUGCUGGGUGCAGGGCAAAGAUUUGCCCGGAGGUGACUUUGACUGAGUGAACUGGUUUUUUGCAUGAUUUUCUGGAGAAAAACUGUAUGUAUUCACAAUCCACCCCACCCAUAUAUGUCUAUCUGCGACCGAAGAAGCUUUUCUUCUUAUGAUCAUAUUGUCGCAGUGCCAUCGCAUGGUCAAUGUAUUGUACUAUUGUUGCUACUAUCUAUCCUUCAAAAUGUUGUUAUACUGUAGGGCUCAAUUGGCAGCAGCAGUUGACAAUGGCGACCGGCUGGGUUGCUCGGCGGUACAGUCCAUAUCGUCGCCGUCGCCUGUGUUUCCUCAUUAAGAUUCAUGGGCCGUAAAACCGGGCCUUGGAUUUGGAUAGCAAAUGGGGCGAUUGGGCUGAUUUGACGCAGAUCCAUGGUUUGCUUGCUGCUGAUCUUGGCCGCUAUCGCUUAUUUUACUGGUUUUCCAUUGGCAUCCUAUCUAGGUCCGGAAUAGCGCCGGUAAGAGGGCGACUGGGAGCAUGUGCUCCAGCGAGAUUCGUUGGCAAGGUCAAUGGAUGAGAGCAACCGGUAUAAGCAAAUUUUAAUUUGUUUCGUUAAUUGGUUGUCUUGGGCAUUAUAUGGGCAUAUUUCCUAUAGUAUUAGCAUUGUGACUUGAGUUUUGUGGACCUAUAGUCUUAGCCCAACUAUCAGUAUUUCUUCUAUUCCCUCAUUCGCUUUGUUCGAUACAUAUGUGGAUGAGAGAAUCCACGGUGGAAGUAUCCACUCACUACGCUCUUAUGUCUUGCUCGACCACCAUCCAUCGUGUGGGGGUCGUGAUAAGGAGGCAAGUGAGCCAUGAACCUUAUCAUCUAUGCUUAUUUCACGUUACAUGGGAUGUCGACAUUGAUGUGUAUUGUACAUGGUGUGGAAGUAUAUGGAGGCUUCAUUCUUAUCACGUCCACCCAGCUAUAGACAAUCAAAUGCAAUAAACAUAAUAAUGUGGAUUCAAUCAAGAAUCAGAUGUUAUCUAUGUCAUACGAACUGCCUGAUUUUUGCGAUGAGAUUUCAUCAUAUAAUAUGUCUGAAGUUUAUUAGAUCUAACAUGCUACAAUGGAACCUAAAGAUUUCUCUCAUGAGCCGUGAUAGUUCAAUCGACUGGUUCCGAUCUCAUUGCAUCACAAAAUCUAUCACAAGCUAUCAACAAGUGAUAUGAUAGCUUUGGUAGGGCAUGCAAUCAUAUUGACAAGAAAUCAUCCAACGCAAUCAAACAAGCAUAAACUCAUAUGACAAUAGUCAAGCAAUACAUCGGCUAAGGAGUAAGGACCUAAAGGGUUCAAAAACCUACAAAAACGAAGGGUUUAGAUACUCAUACUAACAUGGGCUUACAGGGGAUGAAAAGGGAGAGAUUAGAAAUCCAUCGUUGAAAUCGGUUACCAAAAAAAUCCCCUCUCUUACUUUAUUUCGAAUUCUCCUCUCAUCUCUCUCUAACUUUUUCUUGACGGUGUAGAUCUCAAGGGCUUCCCCCGGCAUCUCUUGGUGACCGGCGGUAGCCCACCCCUUUCCCUUCUGCCUGCUUCCAUUUUCAGCUUCCUUGUCUCUGUUUUCUUUUUUUUUUCACUCUCUUGUUCCAGACUUCCAGGUAUUCAGUUUUUCCAGCCAUUUUGGCAUUUCGCUGCCCUGUUUUUGGAUUUUUUUUUCUGGGAUUUGCUCUCCUUGGGGGCUUGGUUAUGCAUCUUGGGUUUUCCUAUUUGAUAGUGGAUUUAUCAGCUUGUGUGGUGAAUCGAUUCACUGGUUUUCCCCUUCGUUUCUUCCCAGGUGGUUUGUUCUGCAUCUUGGUGGGCUUUGGAGGAUGGAUUGCGGUGUCUAGCCUUGCUGCUCGUGGUUUCGGAUCUUUGAUAUGGGGAUUUGGGUUCUUCUUCUUCCCUUGACCAAGUCUUGGUGCCUCGUUUUCCCCCUGCCUCUUCAGCUCGGAGCAUUUCGAUCCUCAAUCUUGUUCACCGCCAUGUAAUCCCUCACUCGAGAUUCACUGUGUUGAGUGUCUUCGAGCGACUCCCAGGAGGUGGCAUAUGACAUUGUGUUCAAUCGUCAUGGACUCGGUCUGAUCGGACGAGCUGAUUGCACUUGGUGCUACUUUGUUUGAUUUGAUUGCAAGAGAGCUUUCGAUGUUUACUGCUUUUGGUUCAAGUGUUUCAGAUCCAUUGUUGGGGUACUCUUUCUGUGUUUUGUGCUCUUCUUGUUGUAUCUCUGAAGCACAGAUUGAUGUUCCAUGUACUUGAGUUUGUCUGUCAUUUGUUCUGAUUUUGGGUUGCUUUGUUGGUUCUCUUGUAAUCGAUCUUUCAAACUACAAUGCAAAUAAUCCCUUUGUAAAAAAAAAAAAAAAUCGGUUACCAACCCCUAGAAUAGCAAUCGAGCCCCCUUUUAGGUACUGAUCUGCUCCUCUAUCCUCGAGCUUUGGAGUUACCUUAGGGGAAGAGAACCCUCCCUGUCGAAUUGUGUGCAACUUGGAGCUCGAUGGGAUGUAUAUAUAGCUCCCCAAAGUAGGUUUUCCUUGGGAUUUCUAGGUUUAAUUCGUGUUCUGGAGCAUACUGACGAAACCCGACACCUCGAACUUAUAUUUGGAACUUGAGGGCUUCAGAAGCCGAGCUUUGGGCUCAUCUUUAGAAUUACCGACCACCACGUGGAUUUUGGUCUCUAAAUUGGUUCUUGGGCCACCGUUUUUCACUACUUAGACUUGCUCGGGUUUUUUCUCCCUCCUCCGACUUAAGAAUAAAUCACUAUUUGAUUCCAUAUGCUCGUAAUCUCAUUAUCUUUCCUGUGAUGAUGAGCUUCCAUGAUACCUUGUCUUAAAAAUAUUCAUAAACUAUCCAAAAAGCAUCAAAUGUGUAAAAACACUUCUAGUGACUAUCAGACGCAGCUUUGAGCAAAUAUCAAGCAGAUCCAAAUCAAAACGGCUAAAAAUAUGAAUAAUUUAUGCUAAACAUGCUACAAAGUGAAGGGAUAAAAAAAAAAUUACGUGUCAUCACAUGCAAGACUCCGCCAAUUUGUGUGGUUAACUAGAAGUGAGAUCUUCUUCGAUAGAGAAGUCGUGGGGUGGGAUAAAAUUAGGGUUUGCAUAUCAAUUUGAUGUACAAAUUAUUAUAUGAUACACUUAAUACCAAUUAUAUUUCAGUCAUAUAAAUGUCAAACCACUACAAAAUACAUAUAUUCCUGUUAGAAUUUGUAUAAAAUGUGUCAACUGGA